CCACCACCACCACCAGCCCAUUAGAAUUUCACCUCAAUCAUGUCAACCCCUCAAGCCUUUGACACAAUGCAACUCAUGGGCCUUCAGCCUACCAAACAUCUCGAGCUUCUCGAUGUCGUGGACAAACUGCGAGCUCAAGGUUUGAACGAGCAUGUUGAUCUUCCUCAGCUCAUCGUGUGCGGAGAUCAAUCCAGCGGCAAGAGUUCCGUCCUGUCAGCGAUCUCCGGGGUGCCGUUUCCGAAGAAGGAGAACCUGUGCACCCGCUUCGCGACCGAGGUGGUCCUCCGUCGCGAUGACACGAUGCGCGAAAACAAGAUUUGCGUCACCAUCACCCCGAGCAGCACGCGGCCACGCACCGAUCGACGCGCCCUCGACAGCUUUACGAGGGAGCUGAACUCCAUGGACGACCUGCCGAGCACCAUCGAUGAUGCAACGAUCGCCAUGGGUCUCGACAUGACCGGCAGCGCGUUCUCGGCGGACAUUCUCAGACUCGAGGUGAGAGGCCCACAGAUGCCUCAGCUGACGAUCGUGGACCUUCCCGGACUGGUCCACACGGAGAGCAAGUACCAAAGCGCCGACGACAUCGCGCUGGUGAACUCGCUCGUCAGCGAAUACAUGUCCCAAGAGCGGAGCAUCAUCCUCGCCGUCGUAUCCGCCAAGAACGACUACGUGAAUCAAAUCGUCCUCACCAAGACGAGGCAGGUCGACCCGAGGGGACUCCGCACUCUCGGGAUCAUAACCAAGCCGGACGCCCUGCACCCCGAUUCGGCCGGGGAGAGGUCGUUCAUCGAACUUGCCCAGAACGUCGACAUCACCUUCUCUCUGGGAUGGCACGUCGUACGCAACAAGGACUCGAACGAGCCGGCGGACUGGGACCGAGAUACCCUGGAAGCAGAGUUCUUCCAGGGAUCGCAGUUCGGCCGACUCGAUCCCAAGUCCCGCGGCAUCGUAGCCCUGCGGGAGCGCCUCAGCGAGGUCCUCUUCCAGCAGAUCCAACGGGAGCUACCGGGUCUGAUCUCCGAGAUCCUGGAUGCCACGGAGGAGACGCGCGUGCGCCUCAAUCGCAUGGGUCGCAGCCGGGCCACGGCUCUGGAAAAGCAAAUGUUCGUCAUGGAGCUCGGGAGCAAAUUCAGUCACAUUUGCUCCGCGGCUUGUGAAGGCCUCUACGAAUCCCCCUUCUUCGAUGAGUUCAACUCCAGCACCGUCGACCGGCGGCUUCGAGCCGUGGUACAAAACGCCAACAUCGGCUUUGCUGCUUCGAUGCUGGACGCUCCUCCUACGCUUCCUAUCGACAGGUCCAAGAACGCGGCCCCUUCGCUUGCCCAACGGGCGAAAGAGCUCGUCCGAUCUUACCGUGGGAAGGAACUCCCCGGGACGUUCAAUCCGAAUCUGGUGGGGCAGCUGUUCCGCGAGCUCAGUCGGUCGUGGUUCGACCACGCUCGGGGGCACAUCACCGCCGUCUGGAUCCACGCCAGGACGACGGUGGUGGCGAUCCUGAACGAAGUGGCCGAGCAGGACGUCCGCGACAUCUGCCUGAAAAAGAUCGCCGAUCCGGACCUGGUGCUCAUGCAGGAAGAGAUGACCACGCGGCUUGACGACUACAUGCUUGAAUUCCGCCGGCAGCCCAUCACGUACAACCACUACCUCACCGAGACCGUUCAGAAGGUCAAGUACGAACGCGAAUACGCCGAGGCACGUGUUAGAUGCAUGACCCUCUUCGCCAACGGGGCACUACGCUCGAGUGAUGACGUUGACUCGAUCACGAGGACGAUUAUCAAAAAGCCCACUGAACCUGACAUGGAUGCCAUAGCAGCGCAGGAGUUGACGGACUACACCGAAGCUUACUACAAGGUAGCCUUGAAGCGGGUCAUCGACGAGGUGCCCUCGCACGUCAUCGAACCUGCGAUCAUGACUCACCUCCCGCGCAUCUUCGACCCUUCGAAGAUACUCCAGAUGCCCGAGGACCUCAUCGAAGCCAUUGGGGGCGAAUCGGACGCGCGGAAAGCAUUGCGGGAGACGCUGCAAGCCAAACUCGACGUCUUCACGCGGAGCAGCAGGAUCUGCAAGAUCUACUCCGAUGGCACUGCUCAGAGUCAUCCAACCUUGGGCUUGUCGGCCCCGAAGACCUCGCCAGAGAAGGUCGCGACCAGGUCGCCCGAUGACGGAGAAAUGGAAGAUGCACCUGCCACUCCUGAGUCCGCAGUGGAGGUUCCCGCCGCGAUUGAGGAAUUUGGGUGGACUAUACCCUCUUUAUCCACAAAGAAAGAUAAGAAAAGUAAAGUAGCCCGCGCGAAGGGCAUAUUUGAGUAAGAGAAUUCGAUCGAGAUUGA